CCGCCCUGGCGCUGGACCUCAGGCGGCUGCCGGAACGCCGGUUGCGGGUGGUGUCCGGCGGCAACAAGAAGUACUUCGGGGUGGAUCUGACGAGCGGCGCGCUGCUGGUGAGCGAGCGGAUAGACCGGGAGGAGCUCUGCGGCGCACUCUCUCCCUGCUCCCUCAGCUUUGAGAUCGUGGUGGAAAACCCGCUGGAGCUGUACAGCGGCGCCGUGGAGAUUCAGGACAUCAAUGACAACGACCCGUCCUACCAGCUCAGUGCCAACCCGCACUUUGCCCUCGACGUGCAGACGAGGGUGGAUGGCAGCAAGUAUGCAGAGUUGGUCCUAGAGAAGGAACUGGACAGAGAGGAGCAACGGGAGCUGCACUUGGUCUUGACCGCACUGGAUGGAGGCAGCCCACCACGGUCAGCCCACGUGCAGAUUCACAUUGAUGUUGUGGACGCCAAUGAUAAUGCCCCGGUCUUCAACCAGUCCACCUACAAGGCAAGCGUGAGGGAGAACACACCCAGCGGUACCCUGGUUGCCAGGAUCAGUGCGUAUGAUCUGGAUGAUGGGCCCAAUGGAGACAUCGUCUAUUCCUUCAGCAGCCACACUCCCGCCAAGGUACGAGAACUCUUUGCUCUGGACUCAGCCACAGGCGAGUUGAGGGUCAAAGGGCAGCUGGACUAUGAGGAAACAAAGCUGUACGAGAUUUACUUACAGGCUAAAGACAAGGGUGCCGUUCCUGGUGUGGCUCAUUGCAAAGUGCUGGUGGAAGUUGUGGAUGUGAAUGACAAUGCUCCAGAGGUGACAGUGACUUCUGUGUACAGCCCUGUGCCUGAAGAUGCAGCCCCAGGGACGGUUGUAGCUCUGCUGAGUGUAACAGACUUGGACUCUCAUGACAAUGGUCUGGUGAAUUGCUUAAUUUCUCCUGGGAUCCCGUUCAUGCUCAGCUCCUCCCUCAAAAAUUACUACACCUUGAAAACGAAAGCAGCUCUGGACCGGGAAAAGGCGUCAGAGUAUAACAUCACUAUCACAGCCAGGGACUCGGGCUCACCACCCUUGUCUGCAGUAAAACAGAUCCUGGUACAGGUGUCAGAUGUCAAUGACAAUGCACCCAAGUCUUCCCAGGACUCCUAUGAUGUCUAUGUGCUGGAGAACAACGUGCCUGGCAUCCCCAUCCUUAACGUGAGCGCCACAGACCCGGACCUUGGGCGCAACGCCCAUCUCUCCUAUACCCUCUUGCAGGGUGACCCCACUGUAGGCCACAUCUUCUCCAUCAACCGGGAGAAUGGCACCCUCUACCUGCUCACCUCCCUGGACCAUGAGGACCAGGUGGAGUUCAGCAUGAUGGUGCAGGUUCAGGAUGGCGGCUCUCCGCCUCUGGCCACUAAUGUCUCAGUCAGUGUGUUUGUCACUGACCUCAAUGACAAUGCCCCAACUGUGCUGUACCCUCACCCCAACACCACUGCCACUUAUACCGAUGUGGUGGCACCAGGUACUCCUGCCGGGCACAUGGUCACCAAGGUGGUGGCAGUGGAUGCGGAUGCAGGGUACAAUGCCUGGAUCUCCUAUACUGUGUUGCAGGCCACUGACCCCAGCCUCUUCUCAGUUGGGCUGCACAGUGGGGAGAUCUUCACGGCUCGUCAGCUCCGGGAGGAUGAUGCUCCCCAGCACACAUUAGUCAUCCUGUUGAAAGACCAUGGGGAGCCUGUGCUGUCCACCAGUGCCACUGUCUCCAUCUCUGUGGCUGAGAUGGUCAAGGAGGUGCUCACUGACCUCACUGAUGUGGCACCCGCCAACGAUCCCAGGAAGCACGUGACUUUCUAUCUCAUCCUGGCUGUGAUUUUGGUGUCAGCAGCUUUUUUCAUCACCAUGUUGUCAGUGGGCAUCUUCAAGUGCUACAAGUGGAGGCAAUCAAAGGAGCUGUUCAACAGCUCCAGGAGCACCCUGUACAGGACACCAGGGCCCUUACACCACAUUGAUGCUGUGCGGGGUGGCUUCACGCCACCCAACUUCUACCACCAGGUCUAUCUCACCACAGACUCUCGCCAGAGUGAUCUCCUGUGUAAAAAGCCCUUCACUUCCAGCCCCCUGGGGAGCCGCCAGAGCACCAUGAGGAAUGGUGAGCCAGGGCUCUACCACCAGAUUGUGGGCACCGCCAGCCGGCUCCCCACGCCUGCUGAGGAUGACUUGGGCUUGAAGGUGGAGGAUCUGCCGGGUCGCAGGCUGCGCCUGGGCUCGGAGGAGAGCCUGCGCCACUUCGCCGUGCGCCUGGACAGUGGGGAGCUGGUGGUGAGCCAGCAGCUGGACCGUGAGCGUCUGUGCGGAGCGGCUGCCAGCUGCGUGCUGUCGGUGCAGGUGGUGACAGAGAACCCCCUGCAGCUCUUCCGCCUGGAAGUGGAGAUCCUGGACCUCAAUGACAACUCCCCGAGCUUCCCCACUGCUCACCGCACCCUGCGUGUUGCCGAGUCGGCCACAGUGGCUACGCGCUACCCCCUGGAGAGUGCGCAGGACCCCGAUGUGGGCACCAAUGCUGUGGGCUCCUACCGGCUGAGCCCCAACUCCCACUUCUCCCUGGACGUCAAGCAGCAGCAGGAUGGCAAACUCUUCCCGGAGCUGGUGCUGGAGCGUGCCCUGGACCGGGAAGAGCAGCCAGAACUGCAGCUGGUGCUGACGGCCAUGGAUGGGGGAAGCCCAGCCCGAUCAGGCACAGCGCAGAUAACAGUCCUGGUCCUAGAUGUCAAUGACAACGCGCCCACCUUUGACCGUGCAACGUACAAGGUGCAAGUCCCAGAAAACACGCCUUUGGGGGCCCUGCUCCUCCGGCUCAACGCGUCUGACCCUGAUGAGGGCCCCAAUGGGGAGACGCAGUACUCCUUCGGGGUUCACACCUCUGACUCGGUCCGAAGGCUCUUUGCCCUGGAUCCCCGCAGCGGCGAGGUCCGGGUGAGUGGGGCCUUGGACUUUGAGGAAUCCCCUUUCUAUGAGAUCUAUGUGCGAGCCCAUGAUGGUGGGGUGCCAGAGAUGGAGGGCCACUGUGUGCUACAGGUGGAAGUGAAGGAUGCCAAUGACAACCCCCCAGAGGUGCUAAAGAACCCGGUGCCGGAAGACACCUCACCAGGGACUGUGGUGGGGCUCUUCAAUGUACGGGACCGAGACUCAGGGGCCAAUGGGGAUGUGAGCUUGGACAUCUCCCCCGAUGUGCCUUUUGCCAUCAGAUCCCUUCAGAACCACUUCUCCCUCAUCACCCGGGACAGCCUGGAUCGAGAGUCCACCUCACAGUACAUAGUGGAGCUGAUUGCCCAGGAUGGUGGGUCUCCAUCCCUCACCACGACACUCACGCUGCUCCUCAACAUAUCUGAUGUGAAUGACAACCCCCCGCACUUCUUGCAGCCCUCCUACGAUGCCUUCCUCCCGGAGAACAACCCGCCUGGCUCCCUACUGUGCACUGUCUCUGCCUCAGACCCUGACGACGGGGAUAAUUCCCGGCUUGUUUACUCCAUAGAGAGUGGCCAAGUGCAGGGUGCCCCCAUCUCUUCCUUCGUCCACAUCAACCCUGACAAUGGCAACCUCUACGCUCAGCGCACCUUUGAUUUUGAGCUGCUGCAGGUUCUGCCAGUCUCUGUGGCUGUGCGGGACUCUGGGUCCCCCCCACUCCAUGCCAAUGUUACUGUCUACAUCUUCGUGCUGGACCAGAAUGACCACCCCCCCACCAUCCUGCACCCUGCCAGCGACAGUGAUGUCCCAGCACCCCAGAGGGUCCCGCUAUCUGCCCCACCGGGCUACCUGGUCACCAAGGUGACAGCAGUGGAUGCAGAUGCCGGGCACAAUGCCUGGCUGUCAUACCGACUGCUGCCGCAGUCCACCGACCCCUCCUUGUUCCACAUGUCACUAUACACUGGGGAAGUGCGGACGGCGCGUGCCCUCCAGGACACUGACACGGCAGUGCAGCAGCUCAUUGUCCAGGUGAUGGACAACGGCGACCCACCGCUCUCCACCACUGUCACCAUCACCGUGACCUUGGAAGAGGUGGCCCUGGAGGAGAGCUACAAGCCUCGGGAUUUUCUAGCUGGUGCCAAGGAGAAGCCAGACCUGACCCUCUACCUGAUCAUCGCACUGGCAGCCGUUAGCACUGUGGCGCUCGCCACCAUCACAGUCCUGGCUGCCCGGUGCCUCCGGCGCAGAGGCCAUGCCGCCGCCUCGCCCUGCUGCUGCUGCUGGCUCAGCGAGUCUCCCUCUCGGGACUUCUUCAAGCACUCCAGCCCCAAGCUCCAGCUGAGCUCCGACGGCACCCUUAAGUACAUGGAGGUCACCCUGCGACCCACCGACUCCCAGUCCCAGUGCUACAGCACUUGCUUCUCCCCCGGCUCCGACCGCAGCGACUUCACCUUCCUGCGGCCUUGCCCGCCCCCUGCCACCCUACCGAGGGAAACCGGGGCUUUCCUCUCCGCUACCGGUACGCUGCGGGACCCCGGCCAGCGGCGAACGCUGAGCGCGGCCCCGGAGCUCGGAGGGCAUCGCUCCCCGGCCGGCCACUCGGCAAGGAUGCCGAGGACAGGGAAGGUGGGCCGGUCCCUGGGACUGCCGCCUGUCUUCUCUUUCUGUUUGUUCUUGCACAGCUCCUCUGCUCAGAUCCGGUACAGCAUCCCGGAGGAGCUCACCCGGGGCGCCUUCGUGGGCAAUAUCGCGAAGGACCUGGGCACCGAUGUGGCGAAACUGGCGGCAGCUAAUCUGCAGGUACUGUCCGAUUCGGAUUCUCAGUACUUUUCAGUCAAUGUGAACACCGGCGUUAUAAUGGUCAGUGAACGGAUAGACCGGGAGCAGCUCUGUGGGCAGAACCCCCGCUGCUUCCUCCACCUGAAACUUGCCAUCGAGAACCCAGUGGAGUUUUACCGCAUCGAGGUGGAGAUCCUGGAUAUCAAUGACAACCCCCCGGAGUUCCCCAGUGAUGAGAUUUCCUUGCGCAUCUAUGAGCUGGCGUCCUUGGGUGCCCGAUUCCCCAUCCAGCCUGCUCAGGACCCCGAUGUGGGCACCAACACCUUGCAGACCUAUCACCUGAGUGCCAAUGAGAACUUCAACCUCAAUGUGAAGGCACGCACAGAUGGCGGCAAGUUCCCUGAGCUGGUGCUGGAGAGGGCCCUGGACCGGGAACUCAGAGCUUUCCACCACUUGGUCCUGACCGCUGAAGACGGGGGGUCUCCCCCCCAGUCCAGCAAGACACGCAUCACUAUUCAGGUCCUGGAUGCCAAUGACAACCACCCUGUCUUUGACAGACCAUCAUAUGGAGCCCGCUUGGUGGAGAACUCGCCGCUGGGCACCCUUGUGGUGAAGUUAAAUGCUACUGAUGUGGAUGAAGGGCCCAAUGGAGACAUCCGCUACUCCCUCAGUAGCCACAACUCAGCUGCCUUACGUCAGAUCUUUGCCAUCGAUGAGCAAACUGGGGAGAUUCGUGUCCAGGGCAACCUGGACUUCGAGGAGGCAACGGUAUAUGAGAUCGAAGUGGAAGCAAAGGACAUGGGAUCGCCCACGAUGGAGGAGCACUGCAGUGUGGUGGUGGAAAUCACUGAUGUGAAUGACAACGCCCCUGAGGUCAUUCUUACCUCCUUCUCCAGCUCCCUGAGUGAGGAUGCACCCCCUGGCACAGUGGUGGCCGUAAUACAUGUCAGAGACAGGGACUCUGGUGAGCAGGGCAAGGUCCAGUGUCAUGUGUCUCCAGAUCUCCCCUUCCAGCUGCGUAAGGACUACGAACACCAGUACUCACUGCUAACCAGCACACGUUUGGACCGGGAGCAUGUUGCCUACUACAAUGUCACCAUCUCUGCCUCGGACCUGGGCAGUCCCCCGCUCUCCCGACACACCAUCUUGCCAAUCACCCUGGCAGAUGUCAAUGACAACGUGCCCCAGUUUGAGCAAGCGUCCUACGAAGUGCUGGUGGCAGAAAACAACCCCGUGGGCAGCAUUCUGGUUACAGUCACUGCUGCCGACCCUGAUUCGGAGCAGAAUUCCCGCCUCUCCUACUCCAUCCUGCGAGCUGGUGGGACAGAUCCAGGCCUGGAUCCAACUCGCUACCUCUCCAUACAUCCCACAAGUGGGCAGGUCUCUGCCAAACUCCCCUUUGACUAUGAGCAAACCACCUAUCUCCAGUUCCACGUGGAGGUCUCUGAUGGUGGCUCCCCAGCCCUGAGGAACAGGACGCUGGUUCAUGUUUUUAUAGUGGACCAGAAUGACAAUGCCCCACGGGUGCAUUUCCCCAGGGCCGGGGAGGACUCGGCUACCCAGCUCCGAAUCUCCCCAUCCACCACCCCUCCUGCUCUCAUCACCAAGGUGGUGGCAAUAGAUGCGGACUCGGGGCGCAAUGCCUGGCUCUCCUAUCACCUCGUGGAAGCCACAGACCCAGGGCUUUUCAGCGUGGCCCUGCGGUCCGGGGAGAUCCGCAUCAUGCGGGCCCUGCAGGAGACAGAUGUUUCUGCACAUGAACUGCUGGUGGUGGUCCGGGACGCUGGGGAGCCACCACUGUCCACAGCCGUCACACUUGUGGUGUUGGUGGAGGAGAAGGGUCCAGAGGCCUUGCAGGGCUCUGAGGCUCGGGGUGCCGAUGGUGGGGGCUUACCCUCGAUUACGCUUUAUCUGAUUGUGUCCCUAGUGCUCAUCUCCACCGUUUCACUGGUGGGACUGGCAGCACUGGGUGUGCGGUGCCUCCGGCGGGGCUCUGCACCUGCCAACCAGGGCUGCUGCGUGGAGAGCGUGAACACGCUUCAGCCCCCUCCCAGCCACAUUUUUGGGCACUUGCACUAUGAGCCUAAGCAAGGGGACACGGUGAUGGGCGUCCAGGUGACUGCCACGGCACCCCCAGCUCCGCGUUACCGCUCCUGCUUUUCGCCGGUCUCGGACAUCAGCGAGUUCAUGUUUGUGAACCCCUCCGCGGGUCCAGCCGCCUUCUCCUGCCUGCCGGCUCCCAGCAGCGCCCAGCUUCGCUACUCCGUGCCCGAGGACCGAGAGCCGGGCUCCUCGGUGGGCGACCUGGCCAAGGACCUGGGGGUGGAGGUGCGGAGCCUGGCCGCCCGCAACCUGCGCCUGGUGAGCGAGGGUGGGCAGCGGCACUUCCAGGUGGACCUGGCAGCAGGUGUGCUGCUCCUCGAUAGCAGGCUGGACCGGGAGGCACUGUGUGGGCAGAGCCUCACGUGCUCCCUACACCUUCAGCUCGUCAUGGAGAAUCCCCUCCAGCUCCAUCGGGUUGAGGUGGAUGUCCUCGACGUGAAUGACAACGCGCCCCAGUUCCCCAAGCCGGAGGUGGUCUUGGAGAUCACUGAGGUAGCCAACCCUGGGACUCGGCUACCCUUGGAGGUAGCAGAAGACCCGGAUAUGGGCUCCAACUCCAUCUCCACCUACGAGCUCAGCCCCAGCGAGCAUUUCGCCCUGAGUAUCAAUGUGAGAGGAGAUGGUGUUAAAAUGCCUGAGAUCAUACUUGAAAAAGCACUGGAUAGAGAGAAAGUGGCUGUUCAUCACCUAACCCUGACAGCACUGGAUGGAGGGAAUCCCGUGAAAUCUGGCACUGCCAAGGUUACCAUCCAUGUCCUGGAUGCAAAUGACAACCCUCCUGUCUGCGACCCACCCAUAUCCAAGGUAUAUAUGGAGGAGAACGUGCCAGUGGGCACUCUGGUCACCAAGUUGAAUGUCACUGAUCUGGAUGAAGGUCCCAACGGGGACGUGGAAUAUUCCUUCAAAAUUAGCAAUAACGCACCUGCUAAAUUCACCAAGCUGUUCUCCUUAGAUCCCCGAACAGGGGAGAUCAGAACCAAAGGCCCACUGGAUUAUGAGGAAUCCAGUGCUUAUGAGAUUGCGGUUCGAGCCAGGGACAAGGGAUCCCCAGCCAUGGAAGGACACUGUCACCUGCGAGUGGAAUUAAUCGAUAUCAACGAUAACAGCCCAGAGAUCGUGCUGACCUCUCUCUCCAGCCCAGUGCAGGAGGAUGCAACCCCAGGCACUGUGAUUGCCCUCAUUGGUGUGAAGGAUAGCGAUUCUGGCGACAAUGGGCAGGUCCGUCUGCAGAUAGCAAAAGAGCUCCCGUUCAAAUUGGUGUCGUCUUUUAAAGAGCAUUUCUCACUGGUCACAAAUGGUCCCCUUGAUCGGGAGAAGGCCAGUGGAUACAACAUCACGGUGAGGGCUGUGGAUUCAGGGUCCCCACAGAGGGCCACACAAAAAACCUUUUACCUCCGAAUUGCUGACGUGAAUGAUAAUGCACCAAAUUUCUCCAGCCCUUUUGAUACAGCUCACGUUCAGGAAAACUCCCUUCCUGGAACUUCUGUUUUUUCAGUGUCAGCAUCUGAUCCCGAUGAGGGCAGCAACGCUAAGUUGUCUUACUCUAUCCUGCACAAUGGGAUGCAGGAUGUACCCAUCUCAACCUACUUCCGAAUAGACCAGGACAAUGGCACCAUCUACACUGUGAGAGCUCUGGACUAUGAGCAGGAUAAGGUGUUUCAGGUGCCUGUGGAGGUGAAGGAUGCUGGGUCUCCUGCACUGAGUAGUACUGCUGUGGUCCAUGUGUUUGUCCUGGAUGAGAAUGACAAUGCUCCCACUAUUGUCUAUCCAUCUGUCCCCAAGGGCUCUGCCUUCCACCAAACCAUCCCAGCCUUGGCAGAACCCGGCUAUCUGGUCACAAAAAUUGUAGCCGUUGAUGCCGAUAGUGGCCAUAAUGCCUGGCUGUCCUACCAGCUGCAGGAGACCGCUGAGGCUUUUCCUUUCCAAGUGGAACGCCGCUCUGGAGAGAUAAGGGUUGCACAGGCUCUCAGGGAGUCAGAAGAUCCCCACAGGCUGGUGGUAGAAGUUAGGGACAAUGGAACACCGUCCCUCUCAGCCUCGGUGGUAAUAUUAAUUUCUCCAGAGGAAAACAGCAUGCAGGACUUUGCCAAGUCCUUGGAUCUCCCCAAAUCUUCUCCCAAGGAUACCAACCUAACGCUUUACCUCAUCAUCUCCCUUGUGUCCAUUUCCCUCGUGUCCUGCGUGAUGUUUGCUGUGGUGGCUGCCCGGUGUCUAAAAGCUGGUGCUGCCAGCUGGACCUUUGUGGGUUGCUGCCGAGGGACUGGCCGCAAGCCCGCCUCCCAUUUCCGUGGGCAGAUGAAGUCAGAUGGCUUCAUCAAGUACCUGGACGUGGGAGGAGCGGGCUUGACCUCCCAGGCACAGAAUUACACCUCUUGUUUUUCGCCCAUGUCUGACCAGAGCGAUUUCCUCUUUGUAAAACCUUUCAGCCAUUCUAGCACUGCGGAGACCGUGGCUGCCUAUGAGCAGGUGACCAGCACCUUAGCGAGUCCCUGCGAUGGGAACACGCUGAUAUUCCAGACUGAAAUAAUCCAGGAUCAGUUCACUUUCAUUUUCAAAGGCAAAAAUAGAGGUAUUAAAACUCUUCUAUUUUCUCUGCAGCAAGCUCAGCCUAACACAGACUGGCGCUUCUCUCAGACCCAGAGACCUGGAACAAGUGGCUCCCAGAAUGGAGAGGAAGGUGGAGCCUGGCCGAACAACCAGUUUGACACAGAGAUGCUCCAAGCCAUGAUCCUGGCUUCAGCAAACGAAGCUGCUGAUGGCAACUCGACCCUAGGUGGUGGGACAGGCACCAUGGGCCUAAGCGCCCGCUAUGGCCCCCAAUUCACCCUGCAGCACGUCCCUGAUUACCGGCAGAAUGUCUACAUCCCGGGCAGCACUGCCACCCUCACCAACGCCGCUGGCAAGCGCGAUGCCAAGAGUGCCGGCUCCUCGGGAGGCAACAAGAAGAAAUCCGGGAAGAAGGAGAAGAAGUAGAGAAGAAGAAGGAGACCUUAGAGUUACAGGGCAGCCGGCUCCAGCACUCCCCCAAACCACAGCCCAGGCCGGAGGACGAAUGUCAAUUUUUUUGUGAUGCAAAAAGUAGGAAACGCUGCGAAUGUAUCUCCUCAUCAUCAGAGCUAGGAGCAGGGUCUCGCUGCUGUUAGAUCUCAUGAUGAAAACCAAUCUGGAAGCUAAACCGAACGCAAACAAGUGCCCUGUGAAUACUUGCUCAUGUUUUAUAUGAUCCCUCGGGUAUUAGAAUAUGCACGGGCAGAAGGUCUUGUGCCAUGUCUUUGGAUCCGAUUUGCUCCCAGAUAGUCCGAGAAAGGCACAAGGCUUGUGCUUGAGUUUGCCCAGUGUAAAUAAUCUUAACAUGGAUCUUUUAAUUUAUAGACCUUCGCUCAUUUUUUUUUUUUUUUGGAAAGGAAAAGGCAGUUUCUAGCUUAGAGCCAAUGCUCCAGAUCUUUGCUUUAAACUUUCCAUUAGUAAAAUUCACCCCCAGUUAAUGAUAGUGAUGGAUUUGUUGCUAAGAAUUUGGUAGGGAGUGCUUCAGUUCCUGCUU